AAACGACGCUGAAGCUGCUUCCUGUCCGAACAGGGGCCAAUGAGGAGAUCGAUUACUCCGCCAAGCUGAAAUUCAGCGAUGACGAAGCCGAUGAAGAGGGAGACGAAGACAAAAAGGAGAGCAAGAAUGACUCGCGGUACGUGAACAAUGAGCAGCAGAGGUCCCAGGACGCUCCCGCUGCAAACUCUCACUCCCGAGCCUCGGACAGCGGCGGGGAAAGUCGACACACGCCCCCCUCGAACGCUGACGGCGCCCCACAGCCCCCCUCCAGCAAGCCAGGAUGGGCCGAGGAGGGAAGCAGCGGCUGGGGAAACCAAGGGGCGCCAUCCAGCUAUCAGGGGCGCAGGCCUGGAUUGGGUGGCCCCCGGGAGCAGCCCUCCCCCCCACCUGGGCCGCUCCUCGGACCAGGGCCCUACUCCUUUUAUCGACAGGACCGGCCGCACGGCCAGGGUUCGCUCCUCGGCCCGGGAAAACCCGCCGUUGUCGCCGCCGCCACCCAGCUCCAGCCAGGAUCAGCGGGUCCGACCGCUUCCUCUCAGCCCGGCCUGCUGGUCCACGGCUCCCAGGGAGACGACGAAGACGAGACCUGGCGCCAGCGCCGGCAGCAGUCCUCCUCUGAGAUCUCUGCGGCCGUGGAGCGAGCCCGUCGCCGGCGUGAGGAGGAGGAGCGCAGGAUGGAGGAGGAGCGGCGGGCCGCCUGCGCCGAGAAACUGAAGAGGCUCGACGAGAAGCAGCAGCAGCAGCAGGGCAGCGGCCCGGCAACCGGCGGCGGCAGCAAGACCCCCAGCCUCGACGGGAACUCCACCGCUGCUAUGGCCGGCAGCCCCAGUCCAUCGGUCUCAGCGUCCUCCCCGAAUAUCAGCCAGCCGACCUCCCCCUGCGUGGACCACGAAGAGCCUCCGGUGCUGGCAGCCCCUUCCGGGUCCGGCUCUGCAGCGAGUGACCGCCGGAGAGCCAGCAGCAACAGCAGCUACGACUCCACUGCAGAUGUCCAGCAGUGUCCCCAGCCAGCUGUGUCCCAGCCACAGCAGCCCACUCUGGAUGUCCCUCCGUCAGUGGAAAGUAAGGAAGAGGCCGCAAGCAGUCCUCACGUCCGUGCAGGAAGUGGCGGUGAAAGAGGCGUCGAGCCGGUGAAGAUGGAGAGUUCUGGCGUAGGAGUGGGCCGUCAAGCCGGCGGUCCUCCUGGCCAGGGUUACUCCAAGUACCAGAAGUCUCUACCGCCUCGCUUCCAGAGGCAGCAGCAGGAGCAGCUUCUGAAGCAGCAGCAGCAGUGGCAGCAGCAGCAGCAGCAGCACAGCCAGGCCUCCCAGAGUCAGCUGUCCCCCCAGCCCCAGGCGCCUCAGGGCCCGUCCCCAGGCUCCACGCCCCAGCCGGGCCCUGGGCCAAAGCAGGGCGGACCCCUCUAUCAGCCGGGCAGCAUGGUGCGACCUCCACCUCUGCCCAUGAAUUUUGAUCCUCGCUGGAUUAUGAUGCCUUACAUGGACCCUCGCGUGAUGCAAGGUCGCCCUCCUCCCAUGGAAUAUUACUCAGCUGGCAUGCACCCGUCUGGGCUUAUUGGUCGUGAACGAUCCGAUUCAGGCGGCUCUGGUUCCGAGCCUUUCGACAGGCAGCAGCAGCAGCAGCAGCAUCCGGGCCACCCUCACCGUGGGACCCCCCCUAUGGACCCAAAGCUGGCCUGGGGGCCCGAGGUGUUCCCUGGAGGAGCGGACAGCCGCGGCCUGACGUCCCCGUUGAGACAGAAACAGGCACUGGAGGAGGAGGAAGUGGGGAAAGGGCCCAGAAGUGACACUCCUCCACACCGCCUGCGCGACGGUGGACUGGGACCAGUUCAGCAGCCCAGCUCAUCAUCUGGCACCUCCAGUCAAACUCCUCCUCCUCCCGUUGGUGUGCAAGUUGGCAGCCAGGGAGGCACACACCACCCUCAUCACUACAUCGGAGGGCGGGGCAACUACAGCAACUUCCCCGACCAGGGUGCAAGGAUGCCUCCCCACCCGCAGCAGAGGCAGGGCGAAAGGGGCAACCAGCCCCACGGCUUCACCCACCCAGAUGACGGGCCUUCUCGAGGACCUCAGCAGGUGCAGAUCUGGGGAGCCUCACAUUCUCAUUACGACCGUAACGGCCGUGCAGACCUCCCCGCCGUGGAGGGCAGCGCUCAUCUUCCCCACCACCACAGCCACCACCAUCAGCAACCUCAGUUCCCCCUGCACCCCCACAAAGCAGAAAGCAGUCGUGACAGGGGCGGCGAGGCUCCCGCCAAGAAGACGGACUCUUCUCCACCUCUUCACCAGCCAUCCCUGUCAUCCUCAUGCUCCUCUUCCUCCUCCUCCUCGGCCAGGGAGGAAGGGAAGGCGGCCCAGCAUCACCCGCCGCCUCUGAGGGAGGCUGAGGCUGGCAUAGGGGAGAGAGGCAGCAACAGUCACAUGAAACCAGACAAACCAGGCCCCACUUUUCUGGCCCAUUCCAACCAAAACCCUCUUCAGCAUGGCGGCCAUAAUCAGACUCAGCAGCAUCCUCACUCUAAGCCAAACCAAAGAGGAGGGCGCGAGCAUAAAACGGAGACGCAGUGGGGCCCACGGCCUGGAAGCAACAGCAUGGGUGGGGGAUCGUCUCACAGCAGGAGGGGUAACAACGCAGGAGGAGGAAGAGGAGAGGACCCCUCCAGUACUCCAUCAGACCACAAACCCUCCAACCAGACAGGAGGCAGCAACCCCAACAAGAGGGCUGGUCCAAUCAAGAAGCCUCUGCUGAAGGAAAUAAAGAGGGAAGGAGUGGAGGUUGAUGGAGGAGACAAACAAGGCAAGGAGAAAGAGCAAGAUGGCGGCCAGCCCGCCUCCUUGAAGCAGGACACUUCCUCCAUCCCCCAGAAUGCCUCGACUGCAACAAAAGAGGAGCAGAACCAUACAGCUAAAGCCAGGAGCGGAGGGAAAGAACGGUCCUCUGGAGGUGGAGGAGGCUCCGGCAGAGGGUCCAAGGAUGUAGACACAUUGUCUUCUGGGUUUCCCUCCAGGAGGGACAGAGACCGCUCGUUCGAAAGAGGCGGAGUGCCUGUGAAAGGGGGCAGGCCCAGUCGGGGACGAGGAGGAGAGUUCUACCGCGGUGGCCGUGGUUACCGGGGUACGUACACUGCCAGUGCUGGACCAGCUGGCGGCGGUCGUGGCAGGAUGGGAGCGAGGAGUGGGAGAGACUACCGCUCCUCUACUGGGGGCGGCCACCACCAAGAAGCCAAGGGUGACGGAUCCGGUGUUCGGCACGGCCAGGACCGGUCUCAGCAUAACCCGGCGAGAGCGAGGAACCGCAGCGAGACCCGCAGCGAGGGCUCAGAGUAUGAAGAAAUCCCCAAGAGGAGGAGGGAGCGAGGUUCGGAAACGGGCAGUGAGAGUGGGGGCAGUGACCUUGGUCACUCUGACAAGGACGAACACCAGAAACCCAAGAAAAGUUCAGAGAACGCCGGAGCCACAGGGAACAUCUCUUCAGUGGCGCCCAGAGUUUCUCAGGCUCGCGUGUUCACCCCCAGGGGGGUUCCCUCUAGGAGGGGCCGGGGUGGAGGCGGCGGAGGGGGAAACAUGUACAGGGGCAGUGGCACCGUCGGAGGGCCUGUUGGGGGUCACCGGGUUGGACCUGGCUCAGGGUCUUACGCCGGGUCAUCAAAGUCUGCCGCUUCAGGCCGGAAACCGCAAGGUCCACCUCAGACCUCUGCACCCAAAGAUCUGGGUCGAGGGGGUGGCGCAGGAGAAAAGAAGGACAAGGUGGUAGACGGAGGCCAGAAUCAGGGGGCCAACCCGCCUCCGCCAUCUUUACCUGCCACGGCCCCUCCUGCUGUGGCGUCCGCUGAGAACGGAGGAGUGAUCAUCCAACAGGCUGCAACCAAUCCCGCCCCGAACUCAGGAGGCCCGAACGCCCCCCCACAUCCUGCCAACCGGGGCCACCCUCCUGGUGGGUUCGACCGACCCCCGAGGCGACGCCGUCACGGCCGCUCUCAACACCAGCAGGACAAGCCUCCCCGCUUCCGCAGACUGAAAGAGCGAGAGAACGCCGCGCGCAUCAACGGCGGAGUCGGCGUCAUCGGCGGCGGCAGACCUUCGUCUCCUUCCCUGAAUUCGGUUCAGGACAGCAACGGAGCUCCGGCGGCCGCCCCCGUCGCAGGAAACGCCCCGAACCACGGCUCCACUCUGAGCACCAACAACAACAACAACAGCGGCGGGCAGCAGCCCAACAACGCAAACAGCCACCACCAUCACCACUACAACCAGAGCAACGCUGCCCCAGCCCACGCCCAGCACCACCACAACCACGGUGCCAAGUCUCCGGACUUCACCAACCAGAACUCGGACCAGGCCAACGAGGAGUGGGAAACCGCCUCUGAGAGCAGCGACUUCACCGAGUUCAGAGACAGGGACGCCGGAGGGGGGAAGUCCUACGUCUCCCACCAUCACCAUCACCCGGGUAGAGGCGGUGGCGGCGGCCUGGUGGAUCGAGACAUGGCCGGUAAAGAGCCGUCUGCGAAUAAACGAAGCUUCUCCAGCCAGCGUCCCGGGAUGGAGCGACAGAACAGGAGGGUCAACACCGGAGGAGGCGGAGGCAGAGGCCCUCGCGGCCCCCCGGGCGGCGGCGGCGGCAGCGCUCCCGCCAAUGGAGGUGGCAACCGCGGGGAGAAACGUGGCAACUGGCCAUCGCCCAAAAAUAGGAAGUGAUGGAGUAUUAAGAUGUUUUGUUAGACGAGCCCACACACCCACCCUUUCAUCUUAACCCCUUCUGAUUGUUAUUUCAUGGCUUAUCUGUUGACUCCCCUCACACAUUAGUGGAUCGUGCCGUUUUAUGAAGAUGGUAUUCAUACUCACCUCAGCUGUUCCUUUUACAUCCUGCGUACCGUCCGUUUAUGUAGCGUUGUCUCUUUGUUUGGUCUUGCUCUCCUUUAGUUCAUGGACCCCCUUCGUUUUCUUUUUAACCGCCCUUUAACAAACACUGAGAAGCAUGUGGCUGUAUCGCUAAGCUACACAAGCACCAACACGGCAGAAUUAAAAUGUUUGCUUAGAAACCCUGAA